CAGGCCGGGAACCCGCCCCGAGAGGGGAGGUUGGGGCUGUUCCUUCACGGGGGCAGUCUCGCCUACUGCGGGUUAACCGUGCCAAUCGUCUUCGUGCUGGGGAUCGGGGCUUGCAACUCAGCCCCGUGAACGAGGAAUUCCGAGUAGGCGUCCGUCAUCAGCUGGCGCCGAUUAAGUCCCUGCCUUUUGUACACACCGCCCGUCGCUACCUCCGAUAGAAUGGCUAAGCGAGGCCGUUGGACUGGGCCUGCUUUCGAGUGGGCCCGGAAAGGCGUUCGAGCUUAAUCAUUUAGAGGAAGUAAAAGUCGUAACAAGGUUUCCGUAGGUGAACCUGCGGAAGGAUCAUUACCGUUUUCUUUUCACGCUGGAUUUUGCAUUCUCUCCUCGCGAGGAAGGCUCCCAGUCGUGUCUUGACCGAAACUUUUUUUUUCUGGAUUGGACGAAUCGUCGAGUGCGUGUGGCAGAUGUUAGGAGACCCGUCCGGGGUCCUUCGCUUGCUCUCUUGUCGCUCGGUCCGCGAGCGGCGGCGAAGCUCUGAAGCAAAGAGAGUGCGAGGUUUUACCAGUCUGUGGCGAGGUCUGCUUCUCUCUGGGGGGGUAGCAGCACCUCGGAAUGUCCGCCUUCCGUGCCGGUACGUAGGAGAGAGAGAUCGAAACUACCGAACUCUUGCAUCGGAGACCCUUUUCGUCGGGGGGAGGCAGAUCUGUCGACUCGCGCGGUCAGGGUGCGUUCAAAGAGCUCUUGGCGGANACGCCAAGCCGCCGGCCACUUCUCCCCACGGUCGUCAAACCUUAUUUUU